UUGAGGGUGAGAGAUGACAUAAGUCGUGUCGUCAGCAAAGAGAAUGGGUUUCAGGUGUUGGGAUACGUUUGGAAGAUCAUUGAUGUAUAUGAGGAAGAGCAGGGGACCAAGGACACUUCCCUGCGGAACUCCAGUAUCAAGUGGCCGUGUUGUUGAUGCUGUGUCUUUAAUGGUGACAUACUGAUACCUAUUAGUAAGUGGAGAGGACUGCAGGCUCGAUACAAUGUAUGCUGUCAGUCACCUUACUAACCCACCUAGGAGGAGGGUGCAGCGUGAUGGCUCUCAUUCUCUUAUCUUAGAGAUUACCAUUUAUAAGACUGUAUCAUAAAUGAAGGACGUUGAGCUAAAGCCAGAUACUUAUAUUGAGGAAUUACCUUUUCAUGUGGUCUCUGAUAUUGCUGCUGAGCUGAAUAAAGAUGACAGUUGGCUAAAAAUAGCAGAAGUUCUUCAGAAUGCUCUGAAAGAAUUCAUUUUCAGGGAAGAAGCAAUAUCAAAUAUGAGGAGGAGUGCAUCUCCAGGUCAAGCAUUACUAGACAAACUUAAAUGUCAUAACCUACAAGUACAACAACUGCAGAAUCUGCUGAAACAGUGUCAACUUUUCAGCAUUCUCAAUAAAGUUGUAACCAAUGUUCCUGUAGAGAUAAAAUCUCCAGUAAGUGAUGUUCCUGCCAGUGUGAAGCUUGGUGAGACAAUUGAUAUUAUUGUUGAUGUUGAUGGAUCUCCAUACCCAGAGUGCCAGUGGUACUUCAUGGGAACACCCAUGCCACAACACACAUCAAGUGUUCUCACAAUAAAUAACUUCAGUAUUGGAGAUAUGGGUGAAUACUUUUGUCACAUGAAGCAAAACCUCAAGGGAAAGGUGAAAGAGUACAGCUCACCCAGAUUUAUUUUAGAUGUAGAAAGGCUACCACCAGAGAUUGUAGUGGACCUCAGUGAUUUGGAAUUGUCAACAGGAGGGAGAUCGUUAAUUUCUUCCAUUCCAAAAGGUGACCGAAAAAAAGUAGAAACACUUUCACUGUCAUUCAUUCAUUCAUUCAUUCAUGUAUGUAUGUAUGUGUGUGGUAUGAGUAUUUUUAACUAUUUCAUAUACAGUAGUUUUGUGGACUAUUUUCUUCAGCUUGUCUUAACCUUUGAAGCAGUUGGGUACCCUGAGCCAAAAGACUACAUAUGGUUUAAGAAUGAUGAAUUCUUUGCAAAAACUUCUGAGCCAACACUCAAAAUACAAGAAGUAGACACUUUGGUGUCUGGUUUGUAUUACUGUAAUGUUCGUAAUAAUGAAGGAAACUGUACAACAAGACCAGCCACAGUGAAAGUUGUUCCACCUAUUCUUACUCCAGGAGCUGCAGUAGUCAAUGAAGAAUCCCAGAAGAAACCAUCUUUCUGCCUUCAUAAUAAUGAAGAUUUUGCUUUUUCUGCAUCAGAAGAUAAACACAGGCUUAAUUUGCUCAGCAUCAUCACAGAGGACGCAUUAAUGAGAGAAGACCGGAAACCAUUGCAGAUGAGGUCCAAGGCUUCAUUACCCGCAGGCACAUUUAUAUUCGAUUCAGAGCUUCAAAUGAGAGACACACACGAGGACAUACUCAGUGGUAUAACCUAUUUCAGAAUAAAGUGUCCGCCAACAAUAGAAACACACAAUUGUGCCCUGGCAAACUCUUACACCCUUUAUGCUACAUCAGAAAAUUAUUCCUCUUAUGAAAUGGAGUCAUCUCAGCUGGAGUCUUCUCUGUUGAUGAAACAUUUAAAAGAUGUGGUGGGAAAACCCAUACCCGUAGAAAUGCUGGGACAGAAGGUUAAGGAAUCUUUCUACCGUCAUUGUAACGAGGCUCCUGAUCAAAUACCCAAGAGUGUUUGUGACUUGGCUCUUCUGCGUUCUCUUGCUGAUCCUUCUCUUCCCUUGGAAAGUGACAUUGAAGAUGGUGGGGUGCUUCAUACCUGGGAAAUGUUAGGAAGUGUUGGAGGUAAAAUUCAAGCCCAUGUGCGAGUACGCAACUGCGACAUAAGAGUGAAUGUUCAGUGCACUCAGGAAGAGUUAGCAAAUAGUCAGCCAUUCCAGAAAGGUGGGCCAACUUGGGUUAUUAGUAAUUGUAUUUAUGUUUGGAUUACACUAACACACAACAAUGAACCAUUUGAUACUAGAACAAUAGAUGAAGAAGGCCUGGAUCUCAUCAUCAAAUUUAGUACAGAGCAAGAGCUUCAUAAGGAACUGAAAGGAAAAACAUCACCAGUGGUCUGUUCUGUUGAUGGAAUUCAAUCUCUCAAGGAAUAUUUGUCUCUGGAUUUACGGUUUGUGUGUAAAGGAGAUCUUCUGUGCCAAAAGUUGCUCAAUCUACAGAAGCCAUCAAUCUCCAAGAAAUUUUCAUCAAACAAUGACCUGAGUUAACAUCAUUCUUGUGUUGUAUAUAAAAAAAAUCCAAAUUAAACUUAACUAUGUGCAAUAUAUUGUAAAAGCUCAAA